AUGGCUACUCUUAACAUAAUCGCAGCUCAUAAGCUCCCUUCACCAGCAAGCUCCUCUUUCGCUGCUCAAUCUCAGAAACCCAACUUUCUUUCACUCUUCUGUACGCAAACCUUCAGCAAGCCCGACCCAUCAAGGCUAUUGGGCUUCCCGACCCGGAAAAAACGAAACUCGACUGUUGGGUCGGUCACAGAGGACAGAGAGGUGGUUCCAUUGAAGGAAAAACAUGCAGAGGACCAAGAUAGCAGCUUAUUGGUUAAUGGGUCUGAAGAAUUUGAGGCUGUUUCAUCAUCAUCAGCUUAUUCUGAAGGCAGAGGAGAGGGGGAUGAUUUGGAUAAGCUGACCAGUAGAGCUAUUAAUGCCUUAAUUGUUCUGGGAUUUGGGACCUUUGCGGUCUCUAAGUUGCUCACGAUUGACCAUGAUUAUUGGCAUGGGUGGACCCUUUAUGAGAUACUAAGAUAUGUACCUGAACAUAAUUGGAUUGCAUAUGAACAAGCUCUCAAAGCAAAUCCUGUUUUAGCCAAAAUGAUGAUAAGUGGGGUUGUCUAUACUCUAGGAGAUUGGAUUGCCCAGUGUUAUGAAGGGAAGCCUCUUCUCGAAUUUGACCGGAAACGCAUGUUCAGAUCAGGCCUUGUUGGGUUUACUUUCCACGGAUCCCUUUCUCAUUAUUACUACCAAUUUGCUCUUUUUCCUUUGGAGGAUUGGUGGGUGGUCCCUGCUAAAAUAGCCUUUGACCAAACAGUGUGGGCGGCAAUUUGGAACAGCAUCUAUUUUGUGGUUUUGGGGUUCUUGCGUUUAGAGUCCCCAACCAAGAUUUUUGAUGAACUGAAGGCUACAUUUUGGCCUAUGCUGACAGCAGGAUGGAAACUCUGGCCAUUUGCUCAUCUGGUUACCUAUGGGCUGAUCCCUGUUGAACAAAGGCUUCUUUGGGUGGACUGCGUGGAGCUUAUUUGGGUUACUAUUCUCUCAACUUAUUCAAAUGAGAAGUCAGAGUCCAGUAUAUCUGAGGCAUCAUCUGGAGCAGAUUCUGCAUCUUCGUCAAGCAGUUCUCCUAAGGUAUGCCAUGUUAGCACCGUUACCGUAGAGCCUAUUUGA